AUUACACCUACUUAACCAUGAUCUCAUUUUAACCUUGGGUCAGGUUAUAAUUUAUCUUAAUUUAAGUGUGUGUUUACUUUCACUCUCUAUCAACUUAGACAUAAUUUGGAGAAGCAACUAUUAAUUAUUUUUGAUGCGUUAUGACAUGAAAAUGUUAAAAAACGUGAAUCACAAACGUAAUACCAAACAAGUACUAAACUGGGUUGAAAUCACACAAACUUAACCAUGGUCUCAUUUUAACCUUGGGUUGGGUUGGGUAAAAGGAGUGACAUCAGUUAUAUACAUUGCGUGCAUGAAUGUAACCACCUUGUCGUGGAGUUUGAAGCGAGGCAGUGAUCAUAAUGGGGAAUCGACGUUUCACUCAGGUUGCGACGAGCGACGAUGAAGACGAAGCAGUUCAACCGCAUCAACAACGCACGUGGAAGAGGAUGAGGCUUAUGGAGGAAGAUAAAUUAGAUAACGAUAACGAGAAUGAGGAAGAAGUGGGUCAGGAACCGCCUCAGCUUGUGGAGGACGCUAAGCCCAUUGACGAGCCCAUUAGGUUUUCAGGAAAAGGAAGAGGCAGGAAGAAGCACUAUGAAUCCUUUGAAUUCGACGGCAUCCAAUACAGUCUCGAGGACCCUGUUCUUCUCGUCCCCGAGGAAAAAGGCCAAAAACCAUACGUCGCCAUUAUUAAGGGACUUGUUUUGUUGACUUUGUUCUGCUCUCAGGACAUUACGCAGGGUAACAAUGGCAACGUGAUAGUGACGGGGCAGUGGUUUUAUCGCCCUGAAGAAGCUGAGAAAAAAAGUGGUGGAAACUGGAAAUCGUGUGAUACGAGGGAGCUGUUUUAUAGCUUCCACCGUGACAAUGUUCCUGCGGAAGCUGUUAUGCAUAAGUGUGUGGUACAUUUUGUUCCCUUGCACAAACAACUUCCAAAACGUAAGGAUCAUCCGGGGUUCAUUGUACAGAAGGUGUAUGACGAUCUUCUGGAGGAAGAUAACGAUAACGAUGACGAGAUUAAGGAAGAAGGGCCUCAGCCUUUGGAGGACGCUAAGCCCAUUGGCGAGCCCGUUAGGUUUUCGGGAAAAGGAAGAGGCAGGAAGAAGCACUAUGAAUCCUUUGAAUUCGACGGCAUCCAAUAUAGUCUCGAGGACCCUGUUCUUCUCGUCCCCGAGGAAAAAGGCCAAAAACCAUAUGUCGCCAUUAUUAAGGACAUUACGCAGGGCAACAAUGGUAACGUGAUAGUGACGGGGCAGUGGUUUUAUCGCCCUGAAGAAGCUGAGAAAAAAAGUGGUGGAAACUGGAAGUCGUGUGAUACGAGGGAGCUGUUUUAUAGCUUCCACCGUGACAAUGUUCCUGCGGAGGCUGUUAUGCAUAAGUGUGCAGUACAUUUUAUUCCCUUGCAUAAACAACUUCCGAAACGUAAGGAUCAUCCCGGGUUCAUUGUACAGAAAGUGUAUGACACUGUUGAAAGAAAACUCUGGAGGCUGAGUGAUAAGGACUAUGAGGAUAUUAAACAGAGUGAGAUUGAUGAGCUUGUUCAGAAGACUCUGAGGCGGAUUGGUGAACUACUUGACAUUGAGCCUGAGGAGGCCCCUGCUGAUGAUGAGGACCAACUGAAAGUUCGAGUUUUGGUUAAGGUUUUCGAAAUGGUGAGGUUGCUGCUGAGCUUCGCGCUGAGCGGGGUUCUUCGCGCCUGGGCGCGCGGCCACCAGGAGACCCCAUUUGGCUAA